UGUACUUAUAUUUCUGCUUAGUGUCUGCCUUCUUGUCUAGAAUGGAAAGUCCACUGAGAAGAAGGACUGUUUUGUUCAGUAUUCCUAGAGCCUAGAAGAGUGGACUGGUGUCUGAUCAUGGUAGCUGUUCAUGAAAUAUUGCCAGAUGAAUGAAUUAAUGUACAUUAUAAAUACAAGCCACACCAUAUAAUCAGGGUUGUAAACACAAACUAUGCACACAAACUCCAUAGACACAGACACAUGUUUCUAUAAUAUACCCACACAAACCUACACAUAUCAAAGGCUAUCUGAUAUGUAUCACUCUUACACUUCAGACCUAUUCAUAGUCACCACACAGGCCUACGUUCCUAAUGAUACACUAUCAAAACACCUGUUGACUGUAAUUAAAUAUUGGAGUAUCCACCAGAAGGCUGUCUCACAAACCAUGUGUGUUCACCACACCUGACAUAUGUCAGCCACUCAGUAAAUAUUUGUUGGAUGGGUAAAUGAUGCACAAACAUUCCCCAUCCACCAUAUCUCUGUGCCCUUCAUACCUUUCUCAGGAAUGUCAAAGUCCCAAGAGGAUGCCCUGCAGCCUGGAUCCACUAGAGUGGCCAAAGGCUGGAGCCAAGGGGUGGGAGAAGUUACUUCUACCUCCGAAUACUUCUCCUGUGUUUCUUCUUCACGCAAGCUCUUCCACGGUGGAAUCCAGAGACUACAUCGAGACAGCCCCCAGCCUCAGUCACCCCUGGCCCAGGUUCAGGAACGAGGAGAGACUCCUCCCUGCUCACAACAUGUCUCCUUGUCAUCCCAUUCGUCCUAUAAGACUUGUGUGUCCUCUCUGUGUGUAAACAAAGAGGAAAGGGGCAUGAAAAUAUACUACAUGCAGGUACAAAUGAAAAAAGGUGUGGCUGUCUCCUGGGAGACAGAGGAAACUUCGGAGUCCUUAGAAAAGCAGCCAAGGAUGGAAGAAGUGACCCUUCCUGAGGUUGUGAGGGUAGGUACUCCCCCCUCUGAUGUGUCCACCAGAAACCUCCUGUCUGACAGUGAGCCCGGCGGGGAGGAGAAAGAGCAUGAGGAAAGGACAGAAUCAGACAGCCUGCCAGGCUCACCCACCGUGGAGGAGACACCCAGGGCCAAGACUCCUGAUUGGCUGGUGACCAUGGAGAACGGCUUCAGGUGCAUGGCCUGCUGCCGGGUUUUUGCCACCGUGGAAAUCCUCCAGGAGCAUGUGCAAUAUGGGAUCAGAGAGGGCUUCAGCUGCCACGUCUUUCAUCUCACCAUGGCUCAGCUGACAGGCAACAUGGAAUCAGGGAGCACCCAAGACGAGCAGGAGGAGGAAAAUGGAAAUGAGGAGGAGGAGGAAGAGAAACCAGCAGCAAAGAAGGAGGAGGAGGGGCAGCCUACAGGGGAAGACCUUGGCCUGAGGAGAUCCUGGAGCCAAUGUCCAGGCUGUGUGUUUCAUUCUCCAAAGGACCUUCCAAAGGACAGGAACUGAGACUUAUGGGCCAGAAGAUACUGGAAGAUGGUGUGGCCUUCUCUUGCAAGAGGGAGAAGAAAGAGCCAUGGAGAUAGUAGCAGACAGACUGCCCAAGGUAUGAAGGAGAUGAGGGACCAGCACUCAGUCUAACAUGUAAACAUCAUAUGUAAUAAAGGUUGUGUUUCAAACCU